AUGAUUACAUGUGCAGAUAUUUCAUUACAAAGAAAAUUAUACAAACAAAUUCUUAUUGCAGAAUCUGAUGUUGCUGGUUAUGGUGCUUUUCUUGGUUCAUCAGUUGCUUAUCCAGGAGAUUUAAUUGCAGAAUAUACAGGAGAAAUUAUUACAGAAGAAGAAGCUGAUCGUCGAGGUCGACUUUAUGAUAAACAAGCUUGUUCUUAUUUGUUUAAUCUUGAUGAAGAACGUUGUGUUGAUGCUCGACAAUUUGGAAAUAAAAUUCGUUUUGCUAAUCAUUCAUCAAAACCUAAUUGUGUUCCAAAAAUAAAACUAGUCAAUGGUGAUUAUCGUAUUGGUAUAUACGCCAAACAAGCCAUAUUUCAGGGUGAUGAAUUAUUUUUUGAAUAUAUGUAUGAUGCACAUCAACGACAACAAUUUGUUAAUAAUGAACGUGUUGAUGAUUCUGAACAAGAUGGUUUAAUUAUUCUAAAACGUUUUCCUGAUAAUUAUAUACUUGUACGACCAUCAUCUGAUUAA